AUGUCUAACGAGCAAACCUUCAUCGCCGUCAAGCCCGAUGGCGUCCAGCGUGGACUUGUCGGAGACAUCAUUUCUCGAUUCGAGAAGAGAGGGUACAAAUUGGUUGCGCUUAAGCUUGUUUCCCCAUCCAAGGAGCAUCUUGAGAAGCACUACGAGGAUCUCUCAUCGAAGCCUUUCUUCAAUGGACUUGUCACAUACAUGCUGAGUGGCCCUAUCGUCGCCAUGGUUUGGGAGGGACGUGAUGCUGUCAAGACCGGCCGCACCAUCCUUGGUGCCACCAACCCUCUUGCCUCUGCUCCAGGUACCAUCCGAGGUGACUAUGCCAUUGACGUCGGUCGCAACGUCUGCCACGGCUCCGAUGCGGUCGAGAGCGCGAAGAAGGAGAUUGCUUUGUGGUUCAAGCCCGAGGAGGUUCAGAGCUACAAGGCGUCCCAGUUCGACUGGAUCUAUGAGAAGGCAUAA